AUGCGAUCUUUAAGAGAUUCCAAGCUUUGUAGAGAAGCCAUCGACGCCGUCGGAUGGAGAGGAAAACUUUGUAUGGUAAACGUGAAAGGUGAUUGUGCAAAACAAGGGUUUGUUUACGAUGUGGAUUCCGAUGAGUGGGUGGCGAUGACGGAAGGGAUGUUAGGUGGUUGGAAAGGGCCGGCGACAUCGAUGGAUGAAGAGACGCUAUACGUGGUGGAUGAAUCAAGAGGUAUAUUGAAAAGAUACAAUAACGAUAGGGAUGACUGGUCGGAGGUUAUGGAAGAUAAGAGGCUAAAAGGGGCGGAGUACGUUGCCGCCGGGGGUGGUAAAGUGUGUGUUGCGUGUGAAAAGGACGUAGGGAUUUUAGUGGUGGAUGUGAUGGCCACGCCGCCGCGGUUGUGGGUUGUGGAAACCCCUGCAGGACAUGAAAUCUUGGUUCUUCAUAUUAUGCCGAGGAUGUGUUUGCCGGAGUUUCAAUUGCCGGAAACUGUAUAG